ACAUUCUCAUGCCAGUGACAUCAUAUUAUUGUUCUGAUUUGUGCCCCUUUCUUACGGUGCGGAGAAAGGCAAGCUUUUGGGCAAAGCCACAUGUUGGUAAUUGCUUUUGCUUCCCCCGCGGGUGAGAUCCGCGGGGCUGGCCGUCAAGUUCCCUGUCAUUCGCCGAACACGCCCAUCACCGCAUGCAACUGGAAGCGAUCGCCGCAGCUUCUCGGGGUCCUUCCGAGCUGCUCGAGUGGAAACUAUUACUCCCUACCUUCUCCGAGACGCGGAUGAGAUACACAGCCAGCGCCAGUUGCCAGAAUAACUAGCGUGGCUGGUUUAACUUGGAAAAAAGAAAAAAAAAAAAAAAGGAACGAGGCAGCUCUCUUCAGGUAUAUGUCGAGAUAUGGAAGAUACUUCGAAAGUAGAACUCCUGUCUAGGGCCGAAUAUCCUGGUUGUAAUGCAGGAGUCCUCAUUCGAUCUGUUUUUUCUUCUUCUGAACGGGGCCACGCCUCCAAGUCUAAGCGACGGUAGCCGACCAUCAACGGCCGUCCACCUUCGUCAUAGCUGUCAACUGAUUUAAAAAGGUGAGGAUCACGGUCGAUUUCCCAUGCCAGGGAGCAAACAAGGGCGGGCGAGGGCAUAUUUCCAAGCUCGAUGGCAAGGGUGGCUGCUUUGACGGAGACUCAUUGUCCGCCACCGAACCAAGCCUGCUUAGCUAACCGCAGUCUCUGCAGGACAAAAAAAAAAAAAAGAAACUCAACCGCCGGCUUGUCUCGCUGCUCGGUGUACCUGGAGACUCGAGAGUUACCUGCACAGGCGAGAGAGCUACUGGAAGAUACCUGCGUCGCAAGCCCUUCCUAUGGGCAAACGAGAUUCCUUGAUGUUCUCCCCAAGACGCAAGAAGUACACAGCGGUUUCAGGUCGUCUGAGACUCUUCUUCACGUGAGUGCUUUUUUGCGCUCGCAUUCCUCAGCUUCCAAGUCCCUGACACGGGCGCAGCGUGGCUUUAUUCUCCGUUGAAGAGAGGGCCGGACCUAUCCUCU